CUCAGUCUUAGCAACUCAAUGUUCACUUUGUGCUAUCUUACCUGAGUCACGAGUCUGAGGGUCUCCUUUUCCCUCACUCGCGUACGCAAUUGACCAUUCGGCUUUCGCAAGAAAGGUCCUAGGGAGCUGUCAAAGUCGGCAAUGAGAUCAGCGGAGUACCGCUGGAUCACAAUAUCACGAUCCAAUUCUGACUCAUCCAUUGCGACAGACUUAAACCCUCUUCUUGAAAUGCAGCUGCAAGGACCAGUUGAGGUCGUUUUUGGCUCCUUGGGCGACAAAUGACCACUGCCCCGUUGUUUCUUGGUUCCACCGGAGAUUUUCAGGCAGCGCUUUUCCGGCCUGCAACAGUCUUUUCCUUCUCACUCUUCAUCGACAACGCCUUAUCAUUCGCAAUGCUAUAUCGAAGGGUUUCUUUCUGCAUGUCAAUGACGGGCUACCGAAUAAUUAUAACACUCUUGGUGGUUGGAAAAUUGUUGUGAGUAUCCCGUUGCGCGAUACCAAGCUGGGCCCAGGAGAGUCCCAUUAGUUGCAUAAACUCGUUAUUUGAGGAAUGCCAUUAGACUUGAGGCGUCGACA